AUGGAGGGGACUUACACAAAACUUUGUGGUACUGAGUACACCAUUAUUCAUGACUCUGUCUUUGAAAUCCUUUCAUAUCAUUUUGGUUCUCAGUUUCCAGAUCUUCUUUUGCAAUAUAUUAGCAGUGGUUACAUUGCUAAUAACGUGAAAAUACAAGAAUGUAAAGGAGAAUUGGAGGUUGAAUGUAAACAAGUUGAAAAUGAAGAGUUUAGUGGUGAGGAGCAUGAAACAUUAAGCCAGGAUUUGUUUGAUCUCAGUCUUAGGUUAAGAGAGGAUCAGUACUCUAUGUUAGCAGAGCGUUUGUACAGAGACAUAGAAAAUAUGGAGCUGUAUGAUGUUUUUAUGAAUAAUGUUUUGAAACAUCCUAAGGUGUGUCAGGCUUUUAUUGGGGUGUUAGAGACAAAGUCCUACACUGAGUUAAAGGCUUUAUUCUUGUCAGAACAGAAAGAUGCAUCUAAGGCUGUGAGUAAAGGAGAGCGUGUGAGGGAGAAGAUUGAGAGGUGGGAUGAGAGGAGCAGGGAAUGGCGCAGACAGGAGGUACUGGUGAAUGAGAGGAUUGAUGAUAGUGAAAUAAAAUACAGUGUGAGGGUUAUCAAAGCCGGAGCUGAUAUCAAACUGCAAGGUAAGUUUUCUACACCACUGACAGUAGCAUGUGAGGGUGGACAUAUGAGUUUAGUGAAGGAGCUUAUAGAAGCCGGAGCUGAUAUCAAUCUACAAGUGAAGGAGCUUAAAGAAGCUGGAGCUGAUAUCAAUCUACAAGGUAGAUUUGAUGCACCACUGACAGCAGCAUGUGAGGAUGGACACAGGAAUGUGGUGAUGGAGCUUAUAGAAGCCGGAGCUGAUAUCAGUCAACAAGGUAAGUAUAAUACACUACUGAUAGCAGCAUGUGAGGGUGGACUUAUGAGUGUAGUUAAGGAGCUUAUAGAAGCCGGAGCUGAUAUCAAUCAACAAGGUGAGUCUAAUACACCACUAACAGCAGCACGUGAAGGUGGACAUAUGAGUGUAGUGAAGGAGCUUAUAGAAGCUGGAGCUGAUAUCGAUCAACAAGGUGAGUUUCAUACACCACUAACAGCAGCAUAUAAGGGUGGACACAGAAGUGUAGUGAAAGAGCUAAUAUACACCGGAGCCGAUAUCAAUCAACAAGGUGGGUUUGAUACACCACUGACAGCAGCAUGUGAGGGUGGACAUACUAGUUUAGUGAAGGAGCUUAUAGAAGCUGGAGCUGAUAUCAAUCAACUAGGUGAGUUUCAUACACCACUGACAGCAGCAUGUAAGGGUGGACAUAUUAGUGUAGUGAAGGAGCUUAUAGAAGCCGGAACUGAUAUCAAUCUACAAGCAGCAUAUAAGGGUGGACACAGGAGUGUAUUGAAGGAGCUUAUAGAAGCCGAAGCUGAUAUCAAUACACAAGGCAAGUUUCAUACACCACUAACAGCAGCAUAUGAGGGUGGACAUAUGAGUUUAGUGAAGGAGCUUAUAGAAGCCGGGGCUGAUAUCAAUCAAGAAGCAGCAUAUGAGGGUGGACAUCUGAGUGUAGUAAAGGAGCUUAUAGAGACCGGAGCUGAUAUCAAUCAAAAAGCAUAUAAGGGUAGACACAGAAGUGUAGUGAAGGAGCUUAUAGAAGCCGGAGCUGAUAUCAAUCUACAAGGUAGGUUUGAUACACCACUGACAGCAGCAUAG